AUGCCUCCUGAAAGAGAGCCCGCAUCACCGACCUCGACUGUCCGACCCGACACCGCCCCAGCCGAAUCCGAUGUCCUCUCUACACCUGAUACAGCUGAUCCCUCCCUUCCCGAUCCCUUCGUUGCUCUCACCGACUUUGCGGAAGCGGGAGCAACCAUUGCCGCGACUUGCGGCGGCUCCAUUCGUCUGUCUGAUUUCGCCACUUUGGUCUCACGGACCCAAGGAAUUCCUUCGAGCCAGGCCGACGGCACAGAAAAAGGGACGAAGAAAAAGGGCAAGAGGAGGACAACAAUGGACCCCAGCCCCAUCGUCUUCGACUGGGACGAACAGGGCCGCUUGUCGAGCAGGGUGACUUUCCCGAUCCCGCCGUACAGCGAGACGGCCUACACGAUGACAAUCGAGGCCUUUUUGAAACAUUGUGACCCUAUCGUGGAUGGAAUGCAAGGCGAUGAUGGACACGCCUGGACCCUGAACGCUCCCCGCGUGACUACCAACCUAUGUCCCUACUCGAUGGGGAUCGUGGAGCGGGUCGAUCAUCUUUUGCUGCCCAAUUCCCCCCACCUGGGGGGCAAUGCCCUCAAGAACGGAGGCUUUGUCAGGGCCGAGCUACACAAGAUUAACGUGUACGCCGGACACUCGGGCUCCGUCAAGAGGCGAAUCGACAUUCCCACCGCGGAGAAUCAGUUCGGGUCGCUGUUUCUAUACCUGCCGAGCGAGUAUGAGGGCGGUGAGCUCACUGUGAACCACGCCGGUUUCUCCACCGAGUAUGACUGUGACAAGACAAGAAAGUCUAAGGCUCUGCACUGGGCAGCCUUUCUCAGCGGCUGCGAACACGAGAUCUCGCAGGUCACCAGCGGCUUCUGCGUGAUCGUGACUUACAACUUGUACCACCAUGAACGAACUCCACUCCACCCCCGCCUACAAACACAGCCUUUUCUAGGACUGGCCUCAAAGCCGGCGCCGGUGGACCUUACCAACCUUGCACCAUACAAGCUUCUACAAGACCUUCUCAGUAACCCGGAGUGGCUGCCACGCGGCGGGACUCUGGGCAUCCACUGCAAACACGCAUACCCACUUGGGGUCGCGAACCUCGCAGACGUCGACGAAACUGGAGAUCUGCUUAGAGGCAGUUACCCCACCGGUGUUGCCGAGGCUUCUCUCAGGGGCACCGACGCGUCAAUAUGCGCCGUCCUUGGUGAACUGGGCCUGGAUACCUACACGUGUCUGAAACUGUCCACGUUACUAAACGUCCCCGUUGUCAAAUGGAUCAACGGACCGACACUCAAGCACUAUGCUCCCGUAGGCAACGAAAUGGGGGUCGCAACGGGUCGCCUUGCAGAGACCUCUAUGUGUAUAGUCGCCAAAAUCCCCCCGCACGAAGAAGCCAGCGCCCCGGACGACGAAGCCAGCACAGAGGUGGCGACAAAGAAACCGAGGUUGAAAUAA